AUGUCAGCAGCAACACGGGCCCAGUUCCAGGAUAUAUUGCCCUAUCACUCCACGGCCAGCCGCCACGCUUUCCCAGUGGUGGAAAGUGGCUCAGAAAAUGGAGGGGAUCUGGCCUCGAGUUUCCCCGGUCACCUUCUUGCAAAUGGAGACAGCAGUCGACCAGCACGCGAGCAGUUCAACGUCAAUACCCAGACCGGGGGCAUGUCCUUCACUCUCCCCAUCCAUACAUCGCCCGGCCGUAGUGGCUUCGGCCCAUCCCUCGCCCUGAUCUAUGACUCCGGAUCGGCGUCGACCAACGGGGUUUUUGGGCUCGGCUGGCGACUAGACGGGGUGGAGAGCAUCAGCCGUAAAACAUCCCAGGCAAUUCCAGAAUACGAUAACGACCGGGAUGUAUUUGUGCACUCACAUGUCGGUGAGCUCGUGCCGCUGCGGUCGUCCGACAACACAGAAUAUGUGGAGUGUGACCGAGAGGGAUAUCGCGUCAGGCGAUAUCGACCUCGCGUCGAACGGGACCCGAUAUGCAUCGAGCGAUGGGGGAGCAUAUCGGAUCCCGGAGAUAUAUUCUGGAAGGUGAUCCAAUCCGACAAUACGACGUCCAUCUAUGGGAGAAGCACAGAGUCCCGGAUAGCUCCCAUUGAAGCGAGCCCAUCCGAGACGCACCACCACACAUUCUCAUGGCUGGUAUGUGACACUUAUGAUAGCCAUGGCAACUAUAUGGUACAUUCGUAUAAGCCGGAGGACAGACUGGGGUUACAAGACCCGGACAUCUGCCUCAAUCAACGCUAUCUCAAGUCUAUUAAGUACGGCAACAGGAGGCCCAAUCGAGAUGUGGAAACGUGGGAGGUCGAGCUCCUGAACGAGGACGCUGGGGCUGAGUACUGGAUGUUCGAAGUUGUCUUAGACUAUGGAGACCAGGAUGAAGCCUUCCCAACCUGCCAUGACACCCAGCCCUGGGCCCUCCGGCCUGAUCCAUUUGCACUGCAUACGGCUGGCUUUGAGGUCCGGACGCACCGGCGGUGUCGUCGGGUGCUCAUGUUUCACCACAUCCCGGAGGAGUUGCAACAUCCAGACUACCUAGUCGCCUCAACGGCCUUCCACUACGAAGAAGACAGCAGAUCAGGGACGAGCCUCCUCAAAGCCUCCACAAUGUCCGGUCAUACGUUGAAGCACGGGGAACGACGAUACUCAGCUUUGGCCCUUCCACCGGUGGAGUUUGAGUACCAAGAGCCCCCGGAUCUGGACAACCUCCAAACGGAGACGGUUGAGUUGAAUCUAUCGGGACUCACUACGGGGCGAGCGCAGUGGGUGGAUCUCCAUGCGGACGGCGUCCCGGGCGUCCUCGUAGACAGUCCCGGUGGAGGAUGGUACUAUCAUCCGAAUCAGAGCCGGGGAAACGAGAUCCACAUUGGGGGGCCGUGGCUCCAGGACAGCGCUCCCAGGGCCAUCUGGUCGAAUAACUGGCGCUUUGAAGAUGUCAACAAGAACGGGAAUGUAGACGUGGUGUGUGUUUCACAAGAUCAGAGUUUGCGGGGAUUCUACGCAAACGCUGGGGAUGGUAAAUGGGACAGCUUCGCACCGUUCACUGCGUACCCUACCAGAGGCGCGUCAGGCAGAUCAUGGACCACGUACAAAGUGGAUUUGACCGGGAAUGGCCAGACGGACAUUCUGUACAGACCCCCCAACAACGACUUGGAGUGGCUCUGGCACGAGUCCUUGGGUCCUUACGGAUAUGGGGAAGAGCGUCGCACAACUGGAGCACCGCGACUGCCAUUCGACCCAACAGGGGCCAUCCUCGUGUCCGAUAUGACAGGCGACGGGCUGGCUGACAUCGUCAGCGUGCACAGCACGAGCAUUUCCUACUGGCCGAACAUGGGAUAUGGCCGAUUUGGCCAGGCCGUUCCGAUGCAGAAUUCCCCGCGGUUUCCGGACGCAGCCUUCAACCCACUCCGGAUCCGGAUGGCGGAUUUGACAGGUUCUGGAGGGAGCGAUCUCGUUUAUCUCUUACCACAGGGUGGAGCUCUGGUAUAUUACAAUCAAUGGGGGAACGGCUGGGGUACCGAGCAUUUCUUACCCUGUAUUCCUCCUCUCAAUCGGUUCUCUGCUGCAGACAUCUUUGACAUCGGUGGAAAGGGCACGCAGUGGCUGUGUUGGACAUCUGAUAUGGACAACAUCGCUGCACUCGGAAUCUCAACAAAGGUCGAUGCGGUCGACAUGACGGGGGGCUGUAAGCCGAAUCUGUUGACUGGUGUAGCCAACGGCAUCGGUGGUGAGACGACAGUGGAAUACCGCUCGUCGACUAGCUAUGCUCUCGAGGACAAGCUGUGCGGCCAUCCAUGGGCCACACGGUUGCCCUUUGCGGUCAAUUGCGUGAAGAGGACCACAUUCCAUGAUCACGUUGCUCAGACAUCACACACAACACAUUACAGAUAUCACAACGGGUACUACGACUACCGGGAGCGUCAGUUCCGCGGCUUCCAAAGGGUCGAGGAGCGGACUACGGAAGAGUUUGCGGUGGGAGUCAACGGUUCUCAAAUCAAACGCCCUCCCACCGUCACCAGGAGCUGGUUUUACACGGGACUGGAACGAUUGGAUGCGGAGUUGAUCCUUCCCGGUAGUCCCUUGACGCAAGAACCUCUGACCCGAGCACUGUCGAGCACCAUUGUGCCGCAAGCACAGACCGAGCCGGCAAUUCACGAGGCGUACGUGGCACUGGUUGGCAGGCUCCGUCAGCAAGAGAUCUACGGUGACGAUGGGACAGACAAAACCGAACAACCGUACGUGGUGAUUCAACAGGGAUAUGAAGUGGUUAGACUCCAAGAGGCAUGUCCCGGCAGAAACGGAAUAUCCCGAGUUAAUCCACGCGAGACGGUGAAGACAAUGUACGAAAGAGAGAAAGGAAACGAUCCUAGGGUAGAACACACCCUUGUUCUCAAGGUCGAUGCGUACGGCAACGUGGAGAGGGAGACUGUUGUCAAUUAUGGCAAGCUACAACGGGAAUCGCUAGAUGGACAAGACUGGGAAGCCCAAAGACAGACGACCAUCACAUACACAGAGACCAGAUACACAAACGCAGUCGAGAACACUGGAAGCUACUUUCAUAAACCAGUAGUUGCCAAGGUCUCGCAAUAUAGGGUAUAUCCGGGUUCAAACCUGGCGAACACUGGAGUUGGUGGGCGUUAUCGUUGGGAUCAAUUAUCCACAGAGGAUGGUGCGUUGCUCAGCCAAUCGAUCACUUUUCCAAUGCAAAAAGACUGUCCUGAUCGGUUUCAAUCUCUUCCAAAGGAGGGCUAUAAGGUGCUCUACGCGAAGGAGAUCACGCUCUAUCGUCAGCUAAACCUAAGAGGGCUGCUCCCACUGUGCCAGCUCGAUCCGUAUUCAGUCAAGCACCAAACCUACAAGUUAUGUUUCACGCAAGAAUUUGUUCAGGAGGUGCUAGACGGCACCGCAGUUGAUGGCAGUACAAUCAAGGAAGAACUACAGGGCGCAGGCUACGUUAAACUUGGCCCUGCUGCCGGUGGCCACAAGAACGAGUGGUGGGUGCCAUCGACACGGCAUGGAUUCCAUAAUGAUCAGAUCACCGAUGAUGAACUCGGGGUCGCACGCCGCCAGUUUUAUAUCCCGAACGUGGCAGUAGAUCCAUUUCAAACGGCAUCAUACGAAUGGUUAGAUCCCUACAAGCUCUUCGUCGUGGCGUCGCUGGACACCGUUGGGAACACAACCAAAGCCGUCCAUAACUAUUCCUUACUGCAGCCAAUAAUGAUGACUGACGCCAAUGGGAAUCGAAAGAAAGUGGCACGAGAUUCACUGGGGGCAAUUGUGGGAGUUGCCACAAUGGGAAAACAAGAUGAGAAGGUUGGGGACUGCCUGGACGACUUGGACGUCGAGAUUACCACCGAGGAUUUAGAGUCAUUUACCCGGAAUCCAUCUGGUCCGGAAGCUGCAAAUCUCCUGGGAUACGCUGGGACAAGGACUAUCUACCACCGGAAUCGGUACAGAGAGGGCCAGAGCGCUAAUUUUCGUGCCGACCUCGUGCGAGAUCAACAUUAUCGAGACGGAGACGCCCAGAUCAGGAUCCAGAUAACGUACGUCGACGGCACGGGCAAUGACUUUCAAAAAGCGGCCUUUGUCGGACAUGGACAGGACAGAGGAUGGCAGUUCAGUGGCUGCGUGCUUCGCGACCGUCAAGGGGACCCAGUGAAACAGCUGGUUCCGUUCUUCAGCGCUUCCCAUGAGUACCAUUCUCCGACGGCCAGUGCAGAUCGCCCUGCCACCAUAACCUUCAAGGACCCGGUUGGCCGCAGGGUAGGGGAGCUCAAUGCUGACCAUACGUGGAGUAAGCGUCGGAUUACCCCUUGGAGGGAUGAGAGGUGGGAUGCCGGAGACACCAUCCUCGUAGAGGAUCCCUCCGGAGACGAGGAUGUUGGCAUCCAUUUCCAGUUGCUGAAUACCCAGUUGUAUCAGCCCACAUGGCACUGUCAAAGAACAGGCAUUACAGGAGCAGAAGCAGAUGCAGCACGAAAGUCGGAGGUAUACGCCAACACUCCGAUGAUCGUCCAUUGUAACGCGCAGGGAAAGGAUAUUCUCAUUGAGCAGCGAGGUUCUACGUGCUCCAGAGACAACCGAAAGGUUUACGACGGGCGUGGAAAUAUAUUUUCCCUUAUCGACGCAUGCAACCGUUCUGUCACUAGGACCUGGUAUGACUGCUUGAACCGACCGCUCCUCAACCACAGUAUUGAUAGUGGGAAGAGCUGGCAGCUCGUGGGCUGCGACGGGGCCCCCGUGCGAACCAAAUUCAACACUGGUCCAUGGAAGCGUGUCUCCUAUGACGCUCUGCGGAGGAUCAAAUUCAUCGAGCUGGAGUCACCGGGGGGCCGUCAACCCCCAAGGAGGCUCGUUUGGAAUGUGUACGGGGAUGAGACAUGUGUCCUGGAUGCGACUAAGAAUAACCUGCGAGGGAAGCUGUAUCAAUGCCAUGAUCAAUCGGGUAUCGAAACCCAUGUGUCGUUCGAUUACAAGGGCAACUGUCUGGAAUCGUCCGUCCAGCAUGCAAUCAACUACGAUGGAAUAUUGGACUGGGCAGCAGGUGAGAUUGAGAUGGAGCCCGAGAUGUACACCACCAGAUUCUCGUUCAAUGCGGUGGGCCACACCACGCGCACCGUGACAGCCAGUGGUCACAUUGUUCGAAAUACAUUUGAUGUCGCCGGUCGACUAACCAAGGCGACUUCGCAAUCCCCUUUGCAGGAUGAAGCUGCGGAGGAAACGGGUGAAAGAGUGCCGUCUCACACGGAUCCCGCAGAGAGCGUUGUAGCUACGUCUUCCGUGGAUAACAUCCAGUAUUCCGAAGAUGGCAAGAUGUCAUGCAUCACGUACGGCAAUGGUUCCCAGACCACCCACAUAUACAAUGCACAAACGCGGAGAAUCGAUCGAACCACCGUGACGCGGGCCAGAGACGGUGCGAUCCUGCAGGAUCUCGCCUAUACCUACGAUUGCCUUGGGAAAGUUGUGAAGAAGACCGAUGGAGCGCAGCAGACGGUCUAUUUCCAGAAUGAGGUAGUCACACCUACCCAGCACUUUGAGUAUGAUGCAUUUGGCCAGCUCGUAUCGGCAACUGGGAGGGAGCAGGUCGACGGAUCAACCCCUCAGCUCAAGCCCUACUCGUCCCAAUUGGGAGCGCCGAACGUGAUCCCUGGAAAUGGGGAGGGAUUAGUUGAAUAUAUCGAGACCUACGCAUAUGACCGCGCUGGGAACAUUACAAAAGUCGAGCACCAACCCACUGACAAUACGAAACACACAAGAUGGAGACGGACGUACACCUACGAGGGGACCAGCAACCGGUUGUUGAGCACACAGGUUGGAUCCAGCCAUGAGCGGUAUGAAUACGAAGGUGAUGCUGGGAUUAAUGGCUGCAUGACCUCGAUGCCCGGGUACACCUUGGAAUGGGACUGCAACAACCGACUGCGCUCCCUGACGACGCAGCGUGUUGGUAAGCAUGCGACGCCUGAGAAGACAUGGUAUGUGUACAAUGCGCGCGGUGAACGAGUCCGCAAGGUCACCAACCGAGGAACCAGUCGCAACGGACCCUCGCAAGCGACCAAGCGACAAGAGACCCGAUAUCUUGCCCAGUGUGACCUCUCCGCCACCUACCACGGGGACGGGUCGUCGAUGUCUCUGAGGACAACAACGAAGAUAGCUGCCGACGCACCCUUAGUCAUCGUUGAGUCGUCGACUUCACGUCACCUUGCCCGGUACCAGAUCAGCGAGAGCCUCGAGCUGGGUGAUCAGGCGGAUGUCGUCUCGUAUGAGGAGUUUUCUCCGUACGGAGCGACCACGUACCACGCACGGCGCACCGGAGCACCACGGAAAUAUCGAUUUGCGAGCUACCAACGGGACGGAGAGAGUGGGCUGUACCUCUGCGGUGCCCGGUACUACGCUCCCUGGCUGGGACGCUGGACCUCUGCCGAUCCUCUGGGCACAGUCGACGGUCCCAAUCUCUAUGCCUACGUGCAGAAUGACCCGGUAGCAUUGGUGGAUCAUCGAGGAACCAGUGGGAAGAACGCGCAAAGUAAAACCAAGAGUAAUUCCUCACAGAACACUGAAAAGCAGGUGCUUGAUGAAACACCACUUCGUAGAGCGCUAAACAUCCUGGGACAUGAAAUGCUGAGAAAGGCUUACAAUGUGCAGCCCAUGACGCUGGGCACCCAAGGGGCCGGUGAUAAGCAAGUGACGGGAAUUUCCGGUAAAAGCCGUGCUACGGCCACGUAUCAAAAUGAAUUCGGACGGCCAGAGACCAUGAAAUCCGGGACUUAUGGGUUCGAGAUCCGCGUCGACAUUGAGAGUCCGAAGAAAAAGAAACAAGGUGACAGCGAGGGUGCAAGUAAGGCAGAGGAAAAGCCCAAAGGGUUUCAUAUCAACGUCAAUUACGGGAUGAAGGGCCACGAGCAGAAAUACUGCGUCAAGAACCUUCCCGGACCAACUCAUGAAGACGAGAAGCGAGAGGUGGACAGGCAGCUCCAUAACCUCACCAGAUUGUCCGGAUGGAACAAGGAGGAAUUCGACGAGAAGGACCUGCAGCAAAGAGUUGUCUACAGGGAUGAGGUGGCUACCAAAGUGCUGAACCAUUUUCUCUCUUACUUUGAGCCGCCUCCGACUGGCGAGCAUUGGGUUCCUUACAAUUUCGAGGCCAUUUUGCUCCAAAACCGCAACACUCCGAGCAGAUAUGCAGCAGCUCCUACCAUCAUCGAUGAAAGAUUGAACCCGUUGCCAACAGGAUGGCCAGGUGAGAUUUGCAUUGGUGGACCUGCUGUUGCACUGGGCUAUCUAAAUCGCGAUAUCAAGACGAGCAAUCGCUUCAUUACCCUCAACGGGCUCAGGUAUUACCGAAGCGGCGACUACAGCAGGAUCCUGAGCAACGGGAACGUCGAGUAUCGGGGGCGUAUCUCAGGUGAUUCUCAGAUCGAACUUCGGGGAAUGUGUCUAGAACUUGAUGGUAUCUCCAAAGUUAUCAUCCAGUCCGACGAGGGGGUUCCUACAGAUGCGGCGGUCAUUGCCAAGGGUGAUUCCAAUCAGUAUUUGGUUGCUUUUGUUGUAUUUUCCCAUGAUGCUCUUCGACCGGCAGAUGUCGGUAGCUUCAUCAAAGCACUUAUUAACGCUUUGCCAUUGCCAACCUACGCAAAACCUGCGACGAUCACUUCUGUUGAUCGCAUUCCCCGCACUGGUAGAGGAAAGUAG